GAUCGGUGCAAUUCAAUGAGAUGCACGAAAUUUCUGCUCAUUCCCAAAAUUGUGCGAAAUCGAGUGAGUGAGCGAUGGAGAAUAUGCGGACCGCUUUCUCCAUAUAUGUGUCAUGGAUCUCCGAGGCUCGCCGAGCCCUGGGGUGGCAUCGGCACGCGUUAUCUCAAUGUUGGGCAUAUUUGCUUUCUCACGCCGCGCCGCGCCUUGCAAGCCGCCGAUCCUCGCGAACAGAACCGCGUUCCGACUGCGUGUUCUCUUUACCUGGUCGCAAUCUGAGCCACCGGGCCCCCAGGCAGCAUCGUAUCCCAACAGCUGCACCUUCUCUCAACCAACCAGUAGCCUAAGGACCGAAGUGGCAUCCCUGCAAUAUGCCGGUGUGGAGGCUGUGUCGUGGUGGGGGUGUGCUGCAAUGAAGGGUGUGAGACUUGCGUGCCGCCGGAUUGACGCUCGUUGCAAUCUUAAAAAUAAACCCCAGGUAACGAUUGGUUCAGCACCGCUCUUGGCCUCACUCGUCGACGCGUUCGAUGUCCAUGUCGGCGCAGUGACAGGAGUGCAGGGUGGGGGUUCGUUUCCUAACCGCUCGUCUCAAAUGAGUGGUAGGUAGGUAUGACUCAAUGGUGUCAGGAGUCACUCCUGCAAUGUCCAGCAUGCAGUGACUUGUGAAUCGCCGAAGGUGGGCAGGAUGACGUGGCAUUUGCGGAGAUUGGAGAAUCUGCUUUGCCGCGAAAUCCUGUUAUCCGUAAGUUGUUGCUCAUUUCCGCG